AAAUUUGUCUCCUUUUCAAAACAACUUUUUUCAUAUUCAAACCUCCCCCUUUUCUCUCUCAUCACUCUCAAAUCUCCAAUUCAAUUUCUUUUCUUUUUUUUUACAAAAUCAUUCCAAAAUCAUCCCCCUUUUUUUGUUAUAAUUUCCCCCUUUUAAUUUUUCUUUUGAUGAAAUAGUAGUAAUUUCCAUACUUCGUCUUCUUCUCUUCUGCAAUUAUUUCCGACCCUUUUUCGAUUUUCUUACUACUAUUACACUCAUUCGUUCAUCGAUUUCCCUUUUUUCUGGGGCUUUUCUGGGAUUUAAUAUUUUUAAUUGUUUUUACUCGGUCCAAUUUUCGUGUUCUUUUUGGGGUUUGAAGAAGAUGAUGAUCAGAGACUUUGAUCGAAGCGCAAAUAUCUUAGCCGUCUGAUCAAUUUGAAACUUUUCUAGGGUUUUUGCCCUUUCAUUUUAGGGUUUUACAUCAUCAUUUCAGAAGGCUUUAGAUUUUCAAAGACCAAGUCAGGAAUAUGGUGCACUCAGCUGAACGACCAAAAAAUACAGGCUCUCCUAAAGUUGAAGUAGGAGAGAUAGAUACCAGGGCUCCAUUUCAGUCUGUGAAAGAUGCUGUCAACUUAUUUGGCGAGGUUGCAUUUUCUGGAGAAAGACCUGCAAUUAGGAAGGCAAAACCACAGUCGGCAGAGAGAGCUCUGGUUAAGGAGACGGAACUUCACCUGGCUCAAAAGCAGCUGAACAAGUUAAAGGAACAGCUAAGAAAUGCUGAAAAUACCAAAGCAGAAGCACUUCUAGAACUUGAGAAAGCUAACAGGACUGUGGAAAAUCUAGAACAGAAGCUCAAAAUCUUAAAUGAAUCCAAAGAAACUGCAAUUCAAGCAACAGAAGCUGCAAAACAACUUGCAAAGCAGCUUGAAGAUGCAAACAGUGGCAAAAAUGCUCUGACCAAUGGUUCUCACGAAGAAGAAUCCGGAGAUGCAAAAGAACGGUACACGACUGUAAUCUCGGAACUUAAUGCUGCCAAGAAAGAGUUGGCGAAAGUCCGUCAGGAUUAUGAUACAUCUUUGGAAGCAAAAGCUUCUGCCACCAAACAAGCUGCAAAAGCCGAGCAUGCAGCGAAAGCAAACACAGAUCGAGCUUCUGAACUUUCAAAGGAAAUUUCUUCUCUCAAGGAAACGAUUGAUCAAGUGAGGCAAGCUUCAGUUUCAACCCAACAGGAGCAAGCGACUAUCUUCUCUGAGAAAGACAUUGAGAGACAAUUUUACAAAGCCAGAUUGGAGGAGUCUGUGAUGAAGUUGCAGGAAAUGAAGAAAGAGUUUGAUCCUGAAAUUUCCAGAGAACUAGAGGCUAAACUGGCAGAAGCAAUGGGUGAAAUCGAGGUUUUAAGGAAGGAAGUGGAGAAUGCGAAGACAUCCGACGUAGACUGCGUGAAAACGGUUACUUUAGAGCUAGACGGGGCAAAGGAAUCCCUGCAUAAAGUGUUGGAAGAGGGAAGUUCCCUUCAGAAUCUGGUGAAUUCUCUGAAACAGGAGUUAGAGAAUUUGAGAAAAGAGCAUGCAGAACUGAAAGAGAAAGAAACAGAGACAGAAUCCGUUGCUGGGAAUCUGCAUGUUAAGCUCCGUAAAUGUAAGUCUGAGCUCGAAGCUUCCAUUGAAGAAGAAGCUAAAGCUAGUGGGGCCACAGAUGAAAUGGUUGCAACGUUGAGUCACUUAACAGAAGAGGCAGAAAGUGCUAGACUUCAAGCAGAAGGGAUGAGGUCCAAGGCUCAAGAGCUCAAAAAGGAAGCUGCUGCUACCCGGGUUUCUCUAGAUGAAGCUGAGAAAAAGCUGAAACUUGCACUUGAAGAAGCCGAGGAAGCGAAAGCAGCUGAGGCGAACGCCAUUGAUCAGAUUCAGGCUUUGUCUGAAAGAACAGAUGCAGCUCGUUCCUCCACCUCGGAAUCAGGGUCCAAAAUCACCAUCUCACGGGAUGAGUUUAAGGCUUUGAGCAGGAAAGCAGAGGGGUCCGAUAAGCUUGCGGAGAUGAAGAUAGAAGCUGCAAUGGCACAAGUGGAGGCGGUGAAGGCGAGUGAGGAUGAAGCAAUCAAGAGAUUGGAGGCUGUUCGGAAGGAAAUAGAUGAUAUGAAAGCUGCAACACAGGAGGCGUUGAAGAAGGCUGAGAUGUCCGAGGCAGCGAAAAAAGCCGUGGAGAGUGAGCUUCGGAGAUGGAGAGAGAGAGAGCAGAAGAAGGCAACUGAGGCUGCAUCCCGUAUUUUGGCAGAGACACGGGUUGUCCAAGCUCAGGUUCAGUCACCGGUUACAAAGACACGCGCACAACUGAUGUCGACAAAGUCGGGGCCUGUUGAUUACAAGUUUCAAGUACAGUAUGCAUCAGAAAUGGCUAAUGGGGGGAAGAAUAGUUUGGAGAAACCGAAAACUUCAGUGUCGAAGAAAGUGCUAUUGCCUAAUCUUAGUGGUAUAUUUCAUAAGAAGAAAAGUCAGGUGGAAGGCGGAUCGCCAUCUUAUCUUCCGGGUGAGAAUUGAGGUAUUUGAUGUUUUGUGAUAAUGGUGAAGGUAACUUGUGCUGCAUUUUGGAGACGUGUACAUUUUGGUAGGAAGGUGGAAUCCGUGUGUUAUAGUAUGUGAUAUGUGGUAAGGACAUGGGUAUGGAUGUGCAAGUAACAGUUAGACAUCCAAAGAGUCAUUUCUGUAUAGAACACAAGGUACUUAAUAAUCUGCUUGAAUUAGUGUAGGUCAUUGUAUGUUGUUUAAAUCUAUGCUAUUAUUGAGUGCAUGGAAUAUGGGGCAUGAAAUGCCAGAUCCCUUCUCUUCA